CAAGGGGGUAGCGGGACGUGGAUCCCGAACCAAGGGUAGGUGGGGGGGGUGGUCUGGCCGAAGGCCGAAAAAAAAAAGUGACCCCCAUCAAUUUGCUGGUCGAAGUGGUCAGCGAUGUGCCUUUUGGAACUUUGGAUGUUUUAGUAGAGUUUGAGAUGCAGCAACACACGGAUUUCCGUGGAUGACGUUGCAUCCGAAGGUAAUGGUUCAAGGAUUUAGAGUCCCCGCCGCCGUAGUUCUUGCAUUUUUGGUUGGUUUUUUUGACCGUUUACACCCCGUGGCAAUCCUUGCUCCAUGCACCACCCCAUGCACAACGGAAACUCGAUUCCUCGACUCCCCAUUUACCUUUGAGGAUUUUCAACACACAUUGAUGCUCGGAAAGAAAUGCCGUCUCAUUUUGUCCUUACUUACCAUACAUCUUUGA